CUGACGUGUGCAGAAGUCCUUCUUGUCCUGGUCCUUGUUCCCGUCUGAGUACCAGCUCCCUACUGCCCUGAGGGCGGGCGGGCCUGCGGCAGUGGGAAGAAAGAAGGAAAUUGUCCCGGAUUCCUGCAAGUCAGUGCCUGGGAGAUUCCAUAAAGAGAGCACGGCCCAGGGCGUAGGGCGGAGACCGUCGCGGGUCCGGAGGCGCCUCCGCCGUCUCUCCUACUCGCAGCCCGCUUUCCAAGACACUCGUCCCGCCCGCAGCUCCUUUCGAUGCUGCGAGCUGAGGGUCUGAGCCUCUCUCGGCUGACUCCGUCUUUCCGUACGUUGCAGCACAACCAACGUCAGGCAAGAGAAGAGGAAGGAAUUAACCCGGAGAGUUGAAGGUCAAUUUGAGGGUCGGCUGUAGCAGGUGGCACUACUUGAAGUAAAGGGAGGAAGUUUCCCCAAAUCGGUAGAGACCGGAGAGAUUGUUGGGCGUGGCACACCUCCAGGAAGGGGAGGGCAAACAGCCUGUGUUGAGGAGGUUUCUACCUCAGGAAUCAGCUAUUGUGAGCUUAAAGUGGCAGAAGACCCUCACCCUCCACAGGCCGGCACCCAGGCCCUUGACCCUUUACCCCAACCCUGAGUGACUACUCCAUUUGUUGGUCCCUGCAGUUGUCAGGGACGAUUGCAUGGGCUACGCUAGGAAAGUAGGUUGGGUGACUGCAGGCCUAGUGAUUGGAGCUGGUGCCUGCUACUGCAUUUAUAGACUGACCCGGGGAAGAAAGCAGAACAAGGAGAAAAUGGCUGAGGGUGGGUCUGCAGAGGCCGAUGAUGCUGGGGACUGUACUGGGGUCAGGUUCAAUGAGUGGUCCGACGACGAUGAUGACAGCAAUGAAAACAAGAGCAUAGUAUGGUACCCACCUUGGGCCCGGAUUGGGACUGAGGCUGGGACCAGAGCUAGGGCCAGAGCAAGGGCCAGGGCUACCCGAGCACGUCGUGCUGUCCAGAAACGAGCCUCCCCUAAUUCAGAUGAUACAAUUUUGUCCCCUCAAGAGCUGCAGAAAGUUCUUUGCUUGGUUGAGAUGUCUGAAAAGCCUUAUAUUCUUGAAGCAGCUUUAAUUGCUUUGGGUAAUAAUGCUGCCUAUGCAUUUAACAGAGAUAUUAUUCGUGAUUUGGGUGGUCUCCCAAUUGUUGCAAAGAUUCUUAAUACUCGUGAUCCCAUUGUGAAGGAAAAGGCUUUAAUUGUCCUGAAUAACUUGAGUGUGAAUACUGAAAAUCAGCGGAGGCUUAAGAUAUACAUGAAUCAAGUGUGUGAUGAUACAGUUACUUCUCGCUUGAACUCUUCUGUGCAGCUGGCUGGACUAAGACUGCUUACAAAUAUGACUGUUACUAAUGAGUAUCAGCACAUGCUUGCUAAUUCCAUUUCAGACUUUUUCCGUUUAUUUUCAGCAGGAAAUGAAGAAACCAGGCUGCAGGUUUUGAAACUCCUUUUGAAUCUGGCUGAAAAUCCAGCCAUGGCUAGAGACCUAUUCAGGGCCCAAGUACCAUCUUCACUGAGUUCCCUCUUUAAUAAGAAGGAGAACAAAGAUAUUAUUUUGAAACUUCUGAUCAUCUUUGAGAAUGUCAUUGACAAUUUUAAAUGGGAUGAAACUGAUCUUACUCAGAAUCAAUUUGAGGAAGGUUCACUUUUUUCCUUUUUGAAAGACUUUCAAGUAUGUGCUGAUAAGGUUCUGGGAAUAGAAAGUCACCAUGAUUUUUUGGCAAAAGUGAGAGUUGGAAAAUUCAUGGCUAAACUGGCUGAGCGUAUGUUCCCCAAGGGUCAGGAAUAACUUCUGGAUUUUGUAGUUUGAAGCCACACAUGUUGUGAGCUAUACCUUUUCUCCACCUUGUUUAUAUGGUAAAGGAAUCCUUUCAGCUGUCAGUUUGGAAUAGUGAAUACCAUUUAACCUAGUUGGACUUCAGGUUUUAGCUGGAUGAAUGAGUAUCACUACUUGUUAUGAAAACAUGUUUGUUGCUUUUUAUUUUGCAGCCUAGAAUGAAAUAUUUUACUAUUUCCUCUGCACAAGUGACAGUGAAUCCAUUUGUCAUAAGUAAGCUCCCUCUACUGUCAUUUUUGUUGAUUUGAUUUGUGUAUCAUUAAUAAAGUUGUGUGUUAAUUCUGUAA